AUGCGACAACAUUCUCGAAGCCUGGAGGGUCAGAGUCGGCAAAGCCUGGAGAUUCUCGAUGCUCAAGACACGUCGGACCCAGAAUUGGUUGUGGUGCCUACUGGGCUGGUGGCUUCGAGCAAAGGUGGGGUGGUUGAGGAUGUGCCACCAGCACCGCCACUGAUGAUUGAAGAGAAGCUGAACCUCCUCAUUCGCCUGGCAGAGCAGCAGAGCAACGAAUUGCAGAACGUUCACCAUCGUGUGGCUGCAGUGGAGGAGAAGCUCACUCAGCUGUCUCAAGCUGAGGCUCCACGUGGAGCUUUGUCUUUCAUCUCCCGCCACUCCAGACGAUUUAACUCAAAGGCUUCGAAGGCAGAAACCUCCAUGUCAUCUAAAUCAGUAUCGGAUUUCAAUGACAUCGACGAGCUGGUGGGGCAAAGAGUCAUGAAGGCAGCAAUGAAGAGUCGACAAGAUGAUAAAAAAGGCAGUGCGAUGUACAAGAGAAGCGGGACCUAUCAUAUUGGAGCAUCGCAGAACUUUGCUGCCAGCUUCGCCAUGUCCAGGAAGGUGAGUUUUGGGCCGGGGAGUUCACAGAAGUCUCUUGCCGUCCCAGAACCAGUUUCCGCUGCCAGAUCCUCAAGGUCGAUUUUGAGGACUGAGGACAACCCGAGCUCGGUAGGAAAGAAGAAAACGGGAAGCAUCAGUCCUGGUGAUAUGAUUGAGGUUGCCGGCGCAAACUCGGAGGCAGGUAAGUCCAAGAUCUCCAGCAAAGAGCAUUGUGCAUCCUUGCGGGAUGUCUUCAAGCAUCGUGAGACCCAGCUGAUUCCUGUGUCACCUACUGGCACCACGGGAACUAGCAUGCGCGCGCCCACUGGAUUUCAGCAGGAGGAGGAGUAUGUCCCAUCCGGCUACGGUGAGCGUGGUGCUUCGUGCUGUUUGGCCUGCUGCGAUGCCUGGACACGCUUGUGUGGCCUCACUCCCUUGGUUCAGCGGUGGAUCGAGAAUCCAGAAGAGGACUGCGAAGAUUUGGAUCCGUGGAUGAUGCUGGUGUCAAAGGUAUACCAUUGCCUGGUGUUGAGCCUCAGCUGUGUGGGGGUUUGGGCAACCGCCACUCGCUUAAGUGUUUGCAGCUCCGGAAGCGACAUCGAUCCAUGUGCAAGCGGGCCUGCGACCGACGUGGCUAUUGCAUUUGGUGCUACAUUGGCCAUCGCAUCCUGUGGUGGCUUGAGGCAGUAUUUCAAGAGCGCACAGAUGCAGAUCCAGAUCAACGAGCACCUCUUGGCGAGUAUCGAAAGCGAAGGCCUGAUGAGCCAUCUUCGCAGGCAGAAGACUACAGACGGCUUAGUCACUGUGCUUCUUUGGAUUGCCAUCCUGGCAGCACGCCUUGGGUUCUACAGCCUUCAGCCGGAGUUCCACGGCCGUCUCGCUCUGGCCAUCGUCCCGCAUGCUUUUGCUUCUGCAGCUCUUCUAGGAGCUUGCUACCUUCAAUUAGCCUGCUGGCGUGGUGUGUCUCUGACCAUUGUUGCUUUUGCACGGUCCCUGCUCUCCGGGCAUAUUCGCGGUCAGGGCGCCAGAGCAAAGUGGCGAGAGAUGACAAGUUGCAUGCGCCAAGCUUCGCGCAUGUAUCAGCUGUCAGCCGCUGCUCUGGCACUGACAGCCGUGCUGGUGGUGUUCACAUCGCUUUUUGACGUCCACCAGGGCUUGAUGGCAGAUAUCUUGCCGAAUCUGGUGGUGGCAGGAAGCCUACUUAGUUCUUUGUAUGUCGCAGCAUCUGCUACGGCUCACUGUACGAGGCUGCCUUCUUUCGUCAGCAUGCUUGAUGGUGGCGAAGAAGACAUGGAGCUGGAGUACAUGAACCUAUCUCUGUAUCUGAGCCUGAGUGAGUCAGGCUUUUUCAUGUGGGACACCCGCGUUACCCUGGGCGUCCUGCAAAAGUUCGUUUAUUUUUCAAUUGCUAUAGUCGGCACCAUUGGCUUCCAGCUCAAUGUCCUUCAUUUCUGA